UUCGAGGAUUGGUUUCGGUUCUUUGACAACUGCUCGGCGCUAUUUCGAUAUCUCCUCCCCAGCCGCCCGUAACCGCCAUUCGCCCCAUCCAUGUGGCACGCUUUCUUGGCUGAGACUUCUUCAGCUGCCUAUUUGAUUUCAAUCUCCUGAUUGCGAUCGUGAAUGAUUUAUCUCAAGUCUCAUUAUCCACUGCUGAAAAUACUCUCGUCUCCUCCCCUCCCGUCUUCGUCUCUGCCCCCCCACCGGGCCGACGUCCCCUCCGACCCCUUGUGUCGUGUCGAUCUUUAUCCUCGAGGAAUUAAUCGCCAUCACCAUGUCUCUCCACACUUCCUACCACGCCGACUCCGAUGCCGACGACGAGUACGAGCGCAGCGUCAUCACGUCCCCUCACUUGGCCACCGAUUCCGAGGCGUCUCCCUCCGAAUCCGACUUCCCCUCUUCCGAACAGACUCCGACCACUUUUGCAAAUGCCGAUGAACAUCCUAAAUCCACCAGAACCAUCAUCACCGAAUGGACAGUCGAGGAGUGCGCCCACUUUCUUGCCGCCCUAGGUCUCCGUCAAUAUUGUCCCGCCUUCCUCGAAAAUGAGAUCGUGGGGGAAGCGCUUAUUGCUCUGAAACAUGAUGAGUUGAAGGAGAUGGGGAUUACUAGCGUGGGGCAUCGAUUAACUAUUCUCAAGAGUGUCUAUGAAACAAAGGUGAAACAAGACAUUCCGCUAGAUGCAGACCAUUAUAUUCCUCUCUCGGCGGACCAAAGUAUGAAUGAAACCGCGUCACAGGAGGAUGUCGCUCGUUUAAUCCAGUCUAUUCGGUUGCGAGAUGAGCGUAUCGUCACAGUGGAGUCUGAGUUGCGCCGUAUGGCGGAGGACUAUCGUCGGCUGAGAGAGGAGCUUCUGCCGGUUUUCAAGAUGGCUAAGGACCGUUCGCAACCGCUGCCCCCGCCCACAUCUAUGGCAAGUUCGGGCCCAGACGGAUACCACGAUAGUCAGCAGACGCUGGUGUCGCCUUCCGGCGGGAUAACUCUCCUGGACCGCUCAGCUACCCUCUCGCGACAAAUUUCCAAAAGACUUCACACGGGAGGCACCACCCCCAAGAACAAUUCCCCUACUCAUAUCCCACCCUCGAUUCAUGAAGGCCGUAUGUAUCACGACAAUGGCGUGCUAGACCCCUCAACGGCGCUCUACUCGAAUGGAAAGUCGCAGUUGUCUCCAGGGAUCCCGUCUCCCACCUCCCCAGGCGUCCACUAUACCGCAGCGCAGACUUUGGCGUCUCGAUCAUAUCAACCCACUUCCAACACUAGCCGUAGCCCCUACGACCACCACGACGACCCCUCAACAUCGCAAAACCGUGAACGCUUGAAUCCUACACCAACACAACCAAACCGUCCCGACAUCCCGACCCGGUCAGAUUCCAGAGCUGGCAAUGGUAAUGGCAAUGACCCGCCGAGCGUGGAAAUAUUCAAGUCAUUCCGUGUCUCCAUGGAGGAUCCCUGCUAUAAGGUUCUUCCCGCUGCAUUGAAGAAGUACAAUAUCAAUGCCGACUGGAAGCAAUAUGCACUGUAUAUUGUGUAUGGCGACCAAGAACGUUGUUUGGGCUUGGAAGAGCGGCCGCUCAUUCUCUUCAAGCAGCUAGAAAAGGAGGGACGGAAACCAAUGUUCAUGUUGCGAAAGCAACUGCAGCACCCCGAAAGCAGCUAUCCGCCAGUCAACCCUGUGCCUAACAGUGCUGGAUUUGAAAGCAGACAGGCACAGAUCAAUUUACCCGGCGGAGUGCUAUGAUCUGUCUGUUAUGGGCGUCGUGGGACGUAUCUCCCCGCUGCAGCGUCAGCUCUAAAUAAGAUUCGUGACAUUACUCUCUGUUGCUUGAGAUACCCCUUUCCAAGCGAUCACGUUUCAUCUUUUACCUUCUUCAUCUCCUCAUCGUUCGGUACCUUAAUUGCUCUUUUGACCUGAAAUCUUUAGUUAACAGGGUGUUUGGUGUUUGCGUCGGUGUUUGGGCAAUUAAGGAUCGGAAAAAGCAAAAGACUUGAGCGUGGUAAUCUGUUUUACUUUACUCUUGUGUUUGGGUCCUAUAUUCAUCUUCACUUCUUGCUCACUUCUUUUCUCUGGAUAAAUUUUAACUAUAUCACUUCCAUUCACAUUUUCACUUCAUUCUACCUGUGGCUUUGUAUUAGCGUUUCUGAUCUCUUCUUUCUUCACCUCUUUGGAUCCUCGAGAUCACUCUUCUUGUUUCAUGAACAAACAAGGUGCAUGCAUGGACUUCUGAUGUAUUAUCAUACCAUACCAUAUUAUAUCCUCUCUUAUAUGAAACUAUUAUAUUUGACCGGGAAAUUUGUCCGAAUCCAACUCUGUUGAAGGAAGUACUUUUGUACAUACAUAUAUUCCUUAUCUAUAUUAUGGUACGGAGUGUAUACUGUGG